AUGGUGGGCAAAAAGAGUGGAAAGGCACUCCUCCGGGAGGAAGGCCUCGAAAGGACUGAUAAUAACAUGGAGAUGACAUCGUGGCCGAUCAUUCAAGCCAUCAACCAGAAGAACUACUACACCGACUACCUCAAACGAGAUGAACAGAUCCUCGCCUACCGGUCACAGCGAGAGGAAGACCGCAAUCAGAUGAUCAAGCAAGCUCGAGAUAGGGAUCGGGCACUUGCGCAAGGGCAACUAGUGGAACCCGAUGGGGAUGUCGAUAUGGAUGAGGGCGAAGAAGGGGCUGAAGACGAAGCUUCGAGCGGCGCAAAGACGAUUGUGAUACACAUUGGCUCCCAAAAUCUACGGAUCGGCCUUGCCAAUGACGCGUUACCCAGGACGGUACCAAUGGUUAUUGCACGGCGAGCAGAGAAGUCCGAGAGCGAGGAAAACGAUGGAGAACCCGCGCCCAAAAGAGCAAAACUGGAUAACGGACACCCGCCUCCUGAGCCAGAGAAGCGAUUCGGUGAGGAUUUCGCAAAGAGAUUCUCAGGCAUGUCACAAGACCUGAAGGUCAGGAUGCGGAUGAACAAGAGAAAAGUGUUGCCGCAGUCGAGGGAUAUGGUGACCAGCUACAACCGAAGAAACACAUAUGACACCAUCACUGAACAUAACGACACCAUGCGCAUUGAGUGGACCGACACGAGCGGUUCGCCGGCAUACAUCACAGGCAAGGCUGCCUUGCGAAUACCUGACAAGUCCACACCACGGUACAAGCUGUACUGGCCGAUCAGACAUGGUUGGAUGAACGAGCAAGACUACGACUCGAAGCGCUUCCUGUACGACGACAUUCGGAUCAUCCUCGAGGAGGCGAUCAAAUCACAACUCGAGUUGGAUUUGCGCACUAGGGAUGACUGGGCUCAGUAUAGCAUUGUGAUCGUCAUACCCGACUACUACGAGCGCACGUACGUGACCAGUUUACUUGACAUGGCCAUCACAGAAUUCGGGUUCGGCCGGGUGUGCUUUAUACAGGAGAGCUUGGCCUCUUCGUUUGGUGCGGGCUUCACGACAUGCUGUAUCGUGGACAUUGGAGCACAGAAAACUGCGAUUUCUUGUGUGGAGGAUGGCAUGAUCAUUGACAACUCGCGUGUCAAUCUGAAGUAUGGGGGCCGAGACAUCACGGACAUGUUUGUCAAGAUGAUUAUUUACAAUCACUUCCCGUACUCGGAACUCAAUCUCAACCGCCGAUACGACUUCCAACUCGCAGAGGAGUUGAAGCAAAAGUACUGCACCAUGACCGAAGCCGACAUUUCCGUACAGCUCUACGACUUCCACCUCCGCGCGCCCGGCCAAGACACGAGAAAGUACACGUUCAAAAUCUACGACGAGGUCAUCCUCGCCCCUAUGGGCCUGUUCAGGCCUCAAGUCCUUGACGACAAUGGCAAACUCGUUGGCCGCCAUAAACUCAUUGACCGAUCCUACGAUAUCUACGAUGGGAGAGCUAAUGACCCGACGUCUUCCGCCCAAGCAGAGAUCCUUACCUCCAUCGCACCCGAGGAAGUCUUGAACUCCACCAGCAAACCGGGACCGAAGAUGAACGGACAUGCCAACGGCCUCCUUACCAACGGAAUCACCACCAAUCAAGAAUCCUUCAACCCAGAAUCCCGUCGGCCCUCCUUCAGCAACAUCAAAGAAAUGGACUCCACGCCGCAACCGUCGGCCGCGAGCUCCCCCGCCCGCGCCCCCAACGGUGACAACGGUUCCCCGGCGCCCGAUGACACGAUCAUGGACGGCAUGGACGGCGUGGCUCCUGGCAGCAUCGGUCAACAGAACACAGCACCACCUCUCCCCAAACCGGAGGAGGAAGAAGUCCUCCCACUGGAGCGGCGUGACGACAUAUUACCCGUCUACCCUCUCCCAGCUGCAAUCGUGACGAGUAUAACCCACGCUGCACGUGGCUCGAGCCAGAAAACGUCCGACCUUCUCUCCGGGAUCAUGCUCACGGGCGGAACAAGCAUCAUCCCCGGGCUUGCCGGUCAUCUCGAGGAGUCCCUGAAGGGUAUGCUACCAGGAUAUAGCAAGGACAUCCUUAUUGGACGGCCACCUCGGGAGUUGGAUCCGCAGGUCGUUGCGUGGAAGGGCGGUGCGGUGUUUGGCAGGAUGAGUCGCACGAACGACAGUUGGAUCAAUGCCUUCUUAUACGAGAGGCUCGGGGAGCGGGUACUCGCUCAUAAGUUGAUGUGGGCGUGGUAG